AUGUUUCCAUCAGAGUUUCACUUUAAGAUGUUCUUUUUAAUUUAAAAAAUAUAUUAAUCAAGUUAAAAAAUUUAUAAAAUAUAUAUAAAGUAACAAAACGUAAAUAAUGCAAUCAUACGAAUAGAUCAAUAUUCGUUCCCGCGUUAUUUGAGAGUUUUUGGUUAUGUCGUACUUUAGUAUGUGACAACGAAGCCAAUUGACGAUAGAAACUUUAGUUUUCUUGGGCGUUAUAUUUUAAAAACGUGUCACGAACAUAAAUUUCUUUUAGAUGCUGUUGCUAUUAUAAUCUUAUAUAUAAAUGUGAUAUUUGUAAAAUAUAUUAUAACUUAAAGGUUAAUUAUUGUUUUCGGGUACGAUACACACACAGUUUCAGUGUUUUUAGAAGUUAUCUUUUUAGACGACAAAAUGAGUUUGUGGGUUGAUAAAUACCGUCCUACAACACUUGCUAAAUUAGAUUAUCAUCUGGAACAAGCAGAAGACUUAAAAAACAUGGUUCAAAAACGUGACUUUCCACAUUUACUAGUGCAUGGACCACCAGGUGCAGGAAAGAAAACUCGAAUAUUGUGUAUUUUAAAAGAACUUUAUGGGAACGCAGCUGAAAGAUUAAAAGUAGAAAACAUGCAGUUUGAGACAGCUUCCAAAAAAAAGUUGGAGAUAUUAACAAUAAGUAGUAAUUACCAUACUGAAGUAAAUCCCAGUGAUGCAGGAAUACAUGACAGGAUUGUUGUUAUGGAGUUAAUAAAAGCAACUGCACAAACACAUCAUAUAGAUAUUGGCCAAAAAGAGUUUAAAGUGGUGCUGCUGUCAAAUGUCGAUCAACUUACGAGAGAUGCUCAGCACGCGCUUCGUAGAACAAUGGAGAAGUACAUUAGUACAUGUAGAUUGAUUCUUUGUGCUAACUCAACGUCACGAGUUCUACCCGCGAUUCGAUCACGAUGUGUACGAAUUCGAGUCCCUGCGCCAACAGCUUCCGAAAUCAAAAGUAUCUUACAUUCAAUUUGUAAACGCGAAGGACUUAGCCUACCCGACGAAUUGGCUAAUCGAGUAAUCGAGACUAGCAACCGAAAUCUCAGACGAGCAAUAUUAAUGCUCGAGGCUUGCAAAGUUGAGCAGUAUCCAUUCACUGCCAAUCAAAAGAUAACGGAGCCGGAUUGGCAAGUAUACAUACGAAAUACAGCUACUAUGAUAGUUUCUGAACAAUCUCCCAAAGUACUUCUAGAGGCACGCAAUAGAUUUUAUGAUCUACUAACGCGCGCUAUACCAUGCGAUUUGAUAUUCAGAGGACUGUUGCAAGAAUGCGUAAAGAAAUGCGAUGACCAGUUAAAAAAAGAAAUUAUUGAUAUUGCGUCUGAAUACCAACAUAGAAUGAUACGUGGUUCAAAACCUAUUUUCCAUUUAGAAGCUUUCGCCGCACGAUUUAUGGCAAUCUAUAAGAAAUAUAUUGAUUUAUCUGUAGAAGGUUUUAUAUAAAAUUUCUACAUUUCUCAAUAUUUUUUAUAGUUUUGAUACAAUAUGAUAUUAUACUUUGUAAUGGUUAUAAUAUGAUAGUAUUAUUAUAUAAAAUUUCAGAAUUUCCAAAUCUGUUUCUAAAUAUUUGAAUGUUGCAAAUAUCAAAAAGAAGCAAAAUAUGUUUUAUAUUUUUGAUUCGAUCGCGAUGAAUUCUAAUUUGAGCACACAGCUUUUCCAUAAUAAAAAAUAUCUUAAAUUUAAUUUGUCAAUGCGAAGAACUUAAUUUAUCCAAUUAACAGUUUUGAAUUUUCAUAAUAAUGGUAAUAGAGAGUUAAACUGUUUCUUUCCGUAUAUUAACAUUGCCACUAUUUUAUGUUGAAGCUAUUUAAGAAAUAUUUGUUAUUUAUAAAUGAAGAGAAUAUUAAUUUUAAACUGUAAUAAAUACUUAUUUUGAAUUAGAAUGGAC